CUAAGCUGCUAACCUGAUUGGCCCGUUAAUGUGCGCGAGCGUAGACGUGACUGGUCGCUUUAGCUUGAACACACCUGAUGUUAAUUCCUGAAGAAGACAGCCGCAGGUUUAAAAUGGCCAACACGCUGUUUUCUUCUGUCUGGCAACCGGAGGAACCGUCGUUAACGUCCUGUAAACGCCAAACGGAAGUUCCGCUCGGUUCACCGUCAUGUUGGAGGAUGAGGAGCUGGUGGACAACCUGUUGUGCAGCGAGGAUUUGGAGGACAACAGUGAAAGUGGACUUUCCCUGACUGAGGCCCUUCUCCCUCUUGUGGAGAACCCAGCUCCUCCCCUUGACCCCUGGGUCUUCUCUACCCGCUACAAAACAGAGCUCUGCACCAGAUAUGCUGCCACUGGCUCCUGCAAGUAUGCUGAACGCUGCCAGUUUGCUCAUGGCCUCCGAGAACUCCACAUUCCCUUCCGUCACCCAAGGUACAAGACGGAGUUGUGUCGUAACUACCACACUACUGGCUUCUGCCACUAUGGCAGCCGCUGCCUGUUUGUCCACAGCCCUUCAGAGCUACGUCAUGUCAAAGAGCGCCGCAGGAGCAUCCCCUGUCGCACGUUCCAAUCCCUUGGUGUCUGUCCCUAUGGCACACGCUGCCAUUUCCUGCACAUUGAUGGAGAUUUGGACAGUGGUCUGGGUGAGGAAGAGUCUGCCACUACUCCGAUUCUGCCGCAGUCCAAGGAGUGGAAGCCCCAAGGAGAACUGUGUCCCACCUUCACUACUUUUGGUUUCUGUCUUUAUGGGACAUGUUGUCACUUUCAGCAUCGCCUCUCCAGUAAAACUAAACCCUGGAGCCAUAAGCAAAUUGGGGUGUUCCCAGACCGCUUGGGUUUACCUUCCAGCACAUCAUCAAAUACGUCAACCUCCUCAUCUCCUCCCUCAACUCCGCCUCUUGCCACCUCAUCCCCAGAUAUGAUGGUCCACAAUGCCUUUACCUUUUCCAGCCAUCAUCUGAGUGACCUGCUGCUUCCUCUGGCCCUCAAUCUGCAGCAGCUGCAGGAGAGCAGGAAGGUCAAGGACCCUUGGGACAGCAGGGCACUCUGACCUUGGUGCUGAUGAGAAGUAACUUGGGACUAUGUGCCACUAUUUUUAAUUCAUUUAUUGAUGUAAAUAAUUUUUUUUUUAACUUUGACUUGUCUGAAAGCGGGUCAAACCCAACUGGAGUGUUAACUCUUAGCUGGAGGUUUUAUUUUUAUUUUUAAACUGAAUUGCAACAAUAAGCUGUAAAUUGAUUGCAUUAAUAAAUUGUUUUUAAGUAA